UCUUCUGGAUAAAAGGAAAAGAAAGAAAAGAUGAACAACAAACUUGAUAGCAAAUGGCUUCGGUGUAACUACCUAACAGCCAAGGCCUUUGUCAGCUGCAGAGGUAGAACCGCAAAAGCGAAGCAGCUGCCGAGAGUGGCUUACCCUAGACGUCUACCAUGUCGCUUUGAAUCUCCUUCAAGGCCACCUUCAAGAAGCAACUUGAAGGUGUUUCAAAUCAAAUUUAUAUCAAAAGAAUAUAUAUUUUUUUUCUCUCUUCUUUCAAUCUCGAUGCUCGUGGAGCUCUUGUGAUUCUGCUACAUUCCACCAACGAACGGCAAGUAUAGAGUACUUUCUCCAGCAUUGCCCUUCUUCAGCUCAGUUUGUGCUGUGACUUAUUUAUCACCUUACCGUUUCACAACUAUGGCCGACAAACACGAAGAAACUAUAACUGUCAGCAUCGGUGGAGGCGAAUCAAAUGGAGCACAAAAGAACGAACUGCCAUCGUCUCCCCUCUCCUCAGCCCCCGACCACGAGGAUCAUGAUACCCCAACCAUAGCAGACCAGCCGCUGGAUUCGUCUUCGUCUUCGCCUUCGACUUCGCCCAAUAGUCGAGAAGAUACCCCGCCGACGGCCUCUAAGAAGAUGGCCAAAGGCAAGCGGAGGGUCCUCGUGAAAAAAGUACCUAAAAAGUCGAAAUGGAACGCGGAUAACAUUCUGACGGAUCCUAAAUCACCCCUAGCUUCAGCUGAUCUCAGAAGCAUACUGUCAAAUCCGAUGGCCUGGGAUAUUCUUGACAAAGAAGAGAAGGCGGAAAUCCUGGCACUGUUCCCUGAUUCCCAGCAUAUUCUAAAUCCUGGCAUGGAGGAUGCCUGUCCAGAUUUUGCAUCGCUCAUGAACGACGACAGUUUCCGCUACGAUUGUGCUGCUUACACAGAAAACAUCGCCCAAGGGCGGCAUGAUCCCGAAUGGCUAGCACAUGCUUGGGCAGCUCAUGAGAGACGCAAGAUGGGCGAUUUCGACGAAUUUCUGGACAACAAGUUCAGAGAUGAAUGGGAUGUCGAGCUACCACCAGACCUCAAGACAAAGAGAGGACCUGCCGUGUCAAAGGAGGCAGGCAAUGUCACAAUGGAGGGCACUGAGACAGUGAAGAAUGAAAGCGACAAGAAGGAGGACAUCAAUAUGAAGAACAGCACUUCGGAGAAGAAAGACGACCCCGACAUUGAUUCUGAGGUUGACGAACUACAAAGAUGUGACCCGGCGCAUCAGGGACCUAUAUCCGUGGCCAUUGCACAGCGAAAAAGCUCCAUGAUGGAGAUUGAUGGUGACGAUACAAGGGAUGAGCUUGCUUGAGGAUAGAAUCUGCGGGUAAAGAGCGAAGCAAUGAGAUUGGGGCGUUAUUAUUCAUCCGUGAUAGAACUACGCCGCAAUUUAACACGGGAAGUUUACUUAUAUUUUGACUUCAUUAUCAUCAUACCUAGACUAAGACUAAGUUAAGGCGUGUUCGCGCAUUUGGACCUUGCGUCACAGUCCGCAGCACAGUCCUAAAUACCUGAAUACACUAUAUUUCCUCA